UCAUUAGUAGUACUCUUCUUCUUCACAAUGACAGCAAAUUUUCUCCUUGGUCUGUUUCUAUUGAUUCUCCUGUGGCAUUUUAUAGUUGGAGACUUAGGUGGUAGUGGAAAUGUGUUUGAAUAUGAGCAACAGAUGGACAAUAUCUCAAAUGAAAAUUCAAAAAUGCAGGAUGUAGUCAUUGCACAAGAUCCCUUUCUCUAUUAUUUGGACUACAAGACAGUGUACAUGAACUGUUCUGUUUAUGGAGAGUCUCCAUUUGAAGUCUCAUGGUUGUAUAGUACUGAUGAGAUAUCUAAUAGAUCCAGUGGCUACACUAUCAUCAGUGGUAGUAAAGUGUCUAAUAUUGUGUACAAUCCUAACUCUGAUGAUGAAGGAUAUGUGUUGUGGAACAGUUCUCUUCUUUUAAAUCCUAUUAAUAAUUCAACAGUUGGAUAUUACUACUGUAGAGUCAACACCUCAUUUGGUCCAAUCUAUUCAAAACCAGUUUAUAUCAAGAAGCCUUAUUUACCAAGGCUAAGUUCAACAAAGUUCAAUAAAAUUGGUGGAAUGGUGCUUGGAACAUGGAGAGUGAUAAGUUUUCCAUUGCCAAAUAUACUAAUUUCAUUUCAGUACUUGAGUGCUAACUCCCUAGGCCUCUAUAGAAAAAGAGUAUACAAUGGCUACAUGACUGCCAAUGUGUCAGAAAACUUUUACAGCACAAGUCACCAUUUUACUUACGUUAAUAAAACAAGUGACAACAGCCUGACUGUGCAUUGGAGGUUUCCGUUCCAACAGUUAUUUUCAAUGCGACUAAUAGCAAUCAGUUAUGAUGACUUAUCUCAAAAAGCACACCAUCACAAGCUAUAUAAUCAUUCUGGUCAAGCGUAUGUGAAUUUUUUAAGUUUAUUUCAUCAUGAAUUAAAGGUCACCUUUUCAUGUCUCUGUGGAGAGUGUGAUGACAUUGAAUGGAGACGAGACAAUGUACCACUACCACAGAGUAGCUAUGGUGUUGUUGCACUCAAGAAAGAGCUUUGGCCAUAUCACUCAAUUAAUCUGAAACACAGCAUACUGUCAACUUCUUACUAUGAUCGAACUCACUAUAGCUGCCACACUGUUAACUCUCAGGAUGAUAUUUUUGAAAAUUCUCCAGCAUAUAUUGAUAACCCAUUUGCUGAAAUUAUAGAGCAACCAGAAAAUGCAGCAUAUGCUGUCUCUGGAGAAACACUGACUCUGAAAUGCUCUGCUCGUAGCCUAUAUCCAAUGACUGUCAGAUGGCAUGAAUCAAGAUUUCUGUUUGCCAUAAAAGUUGUAACAAAUUCAUUUAAGCAAGAAGGUUUUUACAAUGAAUUAAACAGUACAAUGAGUGUCAAAAUCUCCUUACUGACACCAUUUUCAUUUCGCAUGUGGUGUAUAUUCACUACAAACAUUUAUUUUCAACCGGAUAACUUCACAAAAGGACAUGGUCUGUUUCAAACAGGGAUAAUCUUUGAAAAGCCCCAGAUAAUUAAUCCUUACGUCACUUCAGUGCAUAGUGUUGUGACAAUACAGCACCCAUCAUCUAUCACCUCUAACGUCACUAGUAUAACUAUCAAUGAAACUGAAAAGAUGUACCUUUGGUGCUUUGCUACAGGUAUUCCUCAACCAACUAUCAUUUGGUAUCACAAUAGCAGACAGCUUCACUCAAACAGUUAUUUGACAAUAACUAAUCCCUCAGCUCAACAAUCAGCAGUAAUUAUACUACAAACUAGAUAUGAAAGAGAUAAGGGAACAUAUACAUGUGAAGCUAGAAACAAUGUCACUAAUUUGAUUAAGGCAAAACAAUCCCACAAUAUAACUGUGAAUAUACAAGUGGCUCCAGAGAUUGAACUACCACAAAACAUAACAGCUUAUGAAAGUGAUAAUGUUACCAUUACUGUAAAAGUGGUGAGAGCUCAUCCUCCUGUACUACCUGACCACAUAUCAUGGACAUAUUGGACUACUUCCAGCAAUGGAAGUAUGACAAUACCAACUAUUGAGGAAGGAUAUGAUAGCAGGGUCAACAUCUCAGAAGAUAGUACGAGUCUUUAUAUUUCUGAUCUAACAAGUGAUGAUGAAGGAUACUAUCAAGUAUUAAUAUGGCAUCAAACUGGGUAUAAGAAUAAAACAACCUAUCUUAAAAUAGAAUCGCCUACUGAAGUAGGUACUACUGCAUCUACUAGCACUCAAUACACUACAACAAUCAGUACAUCAUUGGGAUUAGGCAUGACCAUUAUCAUUCUGUGUAUUGUUAUUGUAAGCAUUAUUGUAUACAAGAAGAAAAGAAAUAAAAAAGACCAAAUAAUGAGAGAUCUAUUUGAAAUGGAAAACAAUGGAAGACGUAGGUCUAGUGCUUUAACAAAUACUGCUCAAAUUUGUUUAAAUGCUACUGAUCCUAAUUUUUUGAAAGCUCUACCUUUACUCCUGCUAAUAAAAAGAUCUAACUUGAAGCUACUGGACUGCAUUGGUCAAGGUGAAUUUGCUAAAGUAUAUAAAGGACAUUACUACAUUAAUGGAGAAUGCAGUCUUGUUGCUGUUAAAGCUCUCAAAGGAAUAAUGGACAGAUAUGAUAGCAAUGAUAUGAAAGAUUUAAUUGAGGAGAGUCUAGUAAUGAAGGAUUUACAGCAUCCUAAUGUAAUGGGAUUAAUUGGUAUAUGCUUAGAUGCUGGACCAUCACCACUGAUUGUACUACCAUAUAUGGAAGGUGGCAGUUUACUCAAGUACUUGGUAAAGAAUAGAGAUAUUCUGAUGACUAGUACAUCAACAGAUAAUGAUGAGAUCAAUCAAGUUCGUUCACAGCUACUGUCAAUAUGUCUACAAAUUGGAAAGGGAAUGCAGUACAUUGUGGAAAACAAUCUGAUACACAGAGAUUUGGCAGCAAGAAAUUGCAUGAUUGAUGCCACUGGCAAUGUAAAGGUAGCUGAUUUUGGUCUCUCUAAAAAUGUAAGUGGUAACAUUUAUUUCCGGCAACAAAUGUCAAGUGGAGUUAAACUGCCAAUCAAGUGGAUGGCCAUUGAAAGUAUAGAGGAUGGUAUAUUCACUGAAAAGACUGAUAUAUGGUCAUUUGGUAUUACAGUAUGGGAAGUGUUUAAUGAAGGGAAGACACCUUAUGGUGGGUUUUCACCAACAUGUGUUAAGACUAUGAUAUCUGAUGGAUACAGACUUGAAGCACCUUCAAAUUCAGCAUGCAAUGAUAAUAUAUAUCAAAAGACAAUGCUAAAGUGUUGGGAGAGGGAUCCUAAUGAGAGACCAACAUUUGCUCAAGUUGUGACAGAUAUUGAUACAUUGCUAUCAAACAGUGUUGGAUACUUGGACCUUACACUGUAAUUCAUCAAUGAAAACUCUCUACUCUUUACCAAUUAUUAUUGGAAUUAUUCGUACAAAAUUUUCAGAUUGAAUUUGCAAAAUCCAUGUAUGUAUAAUAAUGGCUGCUAAUUUUAAUAAGUAUGCCAAUCAAAAGUAAUUACUAAUUCCUCACUUCAAUAAUAAUUUUGUGCACAAAUAUAAUUUUCUGAUGCAUUUCCUAGUCUAAGUGGUUUGAUUAUCAAUUUAAAUAGCAUGUUACAGUUAG